UUGCAGCAAGUCACAAUGUGUCCAUCAUCCAGCAGCAAGCUACGCAGGUACCUGCAGAAGUGCACGACCACCAACCUGUGGCAAAGACGCCAAGCCAAACUACUAAAGUGGAGAACGUCCAACGCUGGUGCGACCAACAUCACCCAAGCCACCACAAGCCCGAGCAUAUACCCACCUCCAAGCUGGGCAGUAUUCUCGUUGAUAAAAAACACAAACUCCUGUUCUGUGCGAUUCCUGGAGUGGCCAUGAACGAUUGGCGAAAAAUCCUCCUCAUUACGAAUGGUGUGGUGAAUACGACCAAGGUGAGCUCCAUUGUCGGAGGGGAUGUCUUCGGAAAGUACGGAAAAAGUGUCAAGAAACUCAGCGAGUUCAGCUCAAAGGAACGAGUCGAGAUGCUGACCAAAUAUUACAAAGUCAUGUUCGUUCGAGACCCUCUGGAGAGGCUGGUGGCCGCCUAUACGGGCAAACUCGCCCCUUCUUGGUCCAAAUACUUCCAUAAAGCCUUCGGGACACAAAUCAUCAAGCGUUAUAGAAGAAACGCAAAGCCAGACGAUAUAAAAAAGGGGAGCAGCGUGAGGUUUGAUGAAUUCGGUCGAUAUAUCGUGGACGUCGAGCACGAGGGUAGUGCGAGUCUGAACGAACACUGGCAGCAAUACUACAAGCUGUGCCACCCGUGUCUCAUCAACUACGACUAUAUUGGAUCCUAUGAGAACGUGGAGAAAGACACAGCUCACGUUUUGGACAAGAUAGGCGCUAAGUCGCUCAUGAAAUCUCCAUUCAUCUCGGAGACGAAGCGACUGUCGGAGAAAGAACUCAUCGGCACUUAUAAAACAAUGAGUUCUAAAGACUUGAAUAAUCUGUUCAAGAUUUAUUCCCCGGACUACACGUUGUUUGGGUACAAAUGUCCUCAUUUCCUGCAUCAGUUAAUGGAAAAGGAUACAGAAUUCCAUGACUAUUAAUAGGGGGUUUCAAUAAAAAAAAAUAUUUAAAAACCAUUAAUUAGAACAAGACACAUGUCACUUCGUAGAGCUAAAAGAGCUGGGAAAAAUAUAUAAAAAACAGCAUGAAGAUUGGAUAAACGUUUAUACAACUUACUUAUUACAUAGACAAGAGGAUGACACCAAAAUGUGCUAAAAUGAGGCAUGAGAAAGACAACUUAGCAACAGUUUUUCUUAAUUCAAAGAAAACGUUACCUGCAAAACAUGUGACAAUCAUACAUUUCCAGAAAGGAUAUGUAAUGACCUACAUGAUACACAAUGGUUGCGUAAUAUGCAAAAUCACGUGACCAAAAAUGGCCGCCAUUGACGAAACCCACAACAGAUUUUAACUUAAAAAGUGACAUAACAUUAAUGUUUUAAGUCAAAAGUGUACAAAAGUACAUAUUUUCUUGAUCAGCACGACUAGGGGCAUCUAACAAACUGUAAAAUAAAGCAACAAUAAAUCCAUUUUAUUUUUAAAAAAUCAUAUUUCACCCCGAAAAAAUUAAUGUAGUUGGGCACAGAAAACACGAACUCAGAAAACUGAAAAUAAUGAAUAGCUCGUACAAAUUGCCAUUCCCUGACUGAUAUCUCUUCGAUUUUUAAUCACCUUUAGCCCUUAACCCGAAUUAUGGGUGUGUCGAAGACGCUUGUCAUCCCCCGAUAUAUUUAAAUUAUUCGUGCCUGACGUUAGUGAUUUUGAAUCUAAUUCCAUAAGAAUGCCAACAGUCUUGAGCAAAAGUAUACAUUCUUUAGAUCAACAAAAAGUGAUGCAUCCAAUGAAAGAUACAACCAAAGAACAGAUGGGUACAGAGGAAGAGAACCAGCGUCUGUGGUGUAGCGGUUAAGAGCUUCUUUCAUAAGCAGAAGAUCUAGUGUUGAUUCCCAAGAGGGGAGAAAAUUGCUAUCUAUACUCUUCAAAAAAACAAAAACGCAUAACCAAGUGCAUGUGUUUUCGUGAUAAUAAAAUAUGUAAAGAUGAGGUUUUGUGCAUGCUAGUUUCUUUCACACAUAGCCUAUGUGGGAGUUGUCUUGAACUUUUCACAACAAAUUUCAUCCUUUACUCACAGGUAGGCGCAGCCUGAGCUGUUGAAUUGUGUGAUAAUUGAGUGUUAAAAAGCUCACAACUUGUCUAAUUUUGUGAGUAGUCGCACGAAAUUUGGCGUGUGCAUUCAUUCACUGGGUGGGUAUAUAAUGGGCGAAAAAUAUUUGUUUCAUCACUUGUCAGUUCAGCGAUACGCCAUGCCACGACUAACGAUAGAAAA